AUGCACAGAGUACUCAGGAUUGGUGUUGACGUUGGCGGUACUAAUACCGAUGGAGUCAUCUUGGAUCCCACAAAAGCAUCAGAACCUGGCAAAGGUAUCGUAGCAUGGCACAAAUCACCUACAACCACAAAUCCGAGCUCAGGUAUCAGUGAUGCCUUGACUUCUAUGUUUGAGCAGGCUAAGGUCAAUCCCUCUGACGUCGCCUCUGUAACAAUUGGCACCACACAUUUCGUCAAUGCAGUGGUAGAGAGAGAUGCCGCAAGACUUGCCCGAGUAGCCGUGAUCCGACUAUGUGGACCUUUCGGCAAACAUGCUUUGCCUUGCAUUGACUGGCCAGUAGACAUGAAGGACCUGAUUCUUGGUCACUAUGCCUUAGUCAAGGGGGGUCUCGAAGUCGAUGGCAAUCUGAUCGCCGAUAUUGAUGUCCAGGAGAUUCAAGACCAGUGCAACAUAAUCAAGCAAAAGAGCAUCACAAGUAUCGUGGUCAUCGGAGUCUUCAGUCCAAUCGAUGCAACCCAUCAUCAGGAAGAAAGAGCUGCACAGAUCAUCAACGACAUCUUGCCUGGAUGCAAUGUUGUACUGUCGAAAGAAGUUGCGAAUCUUGGGUUUCUGGAGCGCGAAAAUGCCGCCAUCUUAAAUGCUUCGAUCUUGCCUUUCGCAAGGAAAACCAUUCGCUCCUUCCAAGAACCUAUCGAACGUCUGGGAUUGACAUGUCCCGUGUUCCUCAGUCAGAAUGAUGGAACGAUUCUGAGUGGCGAGAUGGCAUCGCGACUGCCUAUCAGGACAUUCUCCAGUGGACCAACGAACAGCAUGAGAGGUGCCGCAUACCUGGCCCAGGGUGGGACAAAUGAAGCAAUGAUGGUUGUCGACAUUGGUGGGACAACAACUGAUGUCGGCUUGCUACUUGCCAAUGGCUUCCCUAGACAAGCAGCAGCUUACUCGGAGUUUGCUGGCGUUCGCAUGAACUUCUCCUGCCCAGAUGUCAAGAGCAUCGGCCUCGGUGGUGGUUCCGUUGUACGAGAGGACGCUGACAAAACCACGGUCGGCCCCGAUAGCGUAGGCUACAAGAUCCAAACAGAGGCUCUCGUUUUUGAUGGAAAUGUCCCCACGAGCACCGACUAUACGAUUGCCGGAGAUAAGAAAAUUGACAUAGGCGACCGGAACAAGGUACAACACCUGUCGCACAGUGGCAUCUCAUCUUUCAAGGCGACUGUGAAGACGAUGCUCGAGAUGGUUGUUGACACCAUGAAGACAUCACCAGAAGACUUGCCUGUGCUAUUGGUAGGCGGUGGAGCAAUCGUAGCACCCGACGAAUUGAUCGGAGCAAGCCGUGUGAUCAAGCCAGAAUACUCUGGAGUAGCCAACGCAAUCGGAGCUGCAAUUGCAAGAGUCAGCGCUGUGAUUGAUACCGUCAAAUCUACCGAGUCAAAGAGUGUUGCAGAUUUGGUGGAGGAAAUUUCGAGCGAAGCGGUACAGAAAGCGAUCGAGUCUGGAGCGGCAGAGGACUCGGUGAGGAUCGUUGAGGUCGAGACACUACCACUACCAUACAUCGCGAACAAGAGCAGGUUCAUAAUCAGAGCAGCUGGAGAGUUUGACUACGUUCGUGCCAACGAGAUGAAAGCAGCUACAGACGAAGAGCUCUCGGACGAGAACGAUAUGGGUGUUUACGAAAAGAAUGGUAACAAGCCACGGCAUGAUGGUGCUGACACCAAGAAGCAUGUUGCGGUUGAACCUGUUGACAUAGCAACUUACAAGCCGAAAGUGAUAGAUCGAGUUUGGUAUAUCUCCGAAACAGACCUCGAGUGGAUGUCAACUGGUUGCUACAUCUUGGGUACUGGAGGAGGCGGAAGUCCAUACUCGCACAUGCUUCGCAUGAGAAGUAUCUUGCGGGAGGGAGGUGUGAUCAGGGUUAUCAAUCCUCACGACCUGAAAGAUGACGAUCAAGUUGGCUGUGGCGGCGGAGCAGGCUCACCGACAGUGGGAAUCGAGAAGCUUCCGGGCGACGAAAUGAUGGAUGCUCAGCGUGGACUAUACGAAAUGUGCGAUAGGAAAGCCACUGCAAUGAUCGCCCUCGAGAUUGGUGGUGGAAAUGGAUUGCAAGGCAUGAUACUGGGAGCAAGUUCUAAUAUGAACUUGCCUACAGUUGACGGCGAUUGGAUGGGCAGGGCGUACCCGACGAAGUGGCAAACUACACCCGUCGUGUUCAACGAGCGUCCAUGCGUGUUCUGUCCUAUCGCCACCGCGGACGGAAAUGGCAACUUGCUGUAUAUGCCGACCGCAGUAUCCGAUCUAGCUGUAGAGCGCAUUAUCAGGGCUGCUCUCUCUCAGAUGGGCUCUCACGUUGGUUGCGCAGAAGGACCAGUCACCGGAGCAGAGACCAAACGCUGGGCCGUCGAACACACAAUCUCUCUCGCAUGGCGUAUCGGUCGAGCAGUUGCAACAGCCCGCCAACGCAAUCGCAUCGAAACCGUGGCCGAAAGCAUCAUCGAUGAAGUUGGUGGCCCCGAGGCCGCAAAAGUCAUCUUCAAAGGCAAAGUUAUCGGCGUAGACCGCACAUUGCGCAACGGCCACGUCUAUGGCGAAGUCAUCAUAGAGGCAAAUGAGUCUGGGUCCCCGGCAGAAUUUGAAGGUCGCAUCAAGAUUCCCUUCAAGAAUGAGAACAUCGCCGCGUUCAAGGCCAAGGAUGAUGGCAGUGAUGAAGUGCUGGCUAUAGUGCCGGAUCUGAUUUCUGUGGUUGAUGCUCAGUCUGGCGAAGCUAUUGGUACCCCUGAAUAUCGGUAUGGUUUGUUGGUUACUGUUAUUGGUAUCACCGCCAGUGAUAAGUGGACGUCGACAGCACGAGCUAUUGAGAUCGGAGGGCCGGCGGCAUUUGGACUGACAGACCUUGAGUACAAGCCUUUGGGCAAGUUCGUCAAACCUGUCAGCGUGAUUGAUGAGUACUCGAACUGA